UCAUAAUGCAGGGACCAAAAGGAAAUCUUAUAGUUUGGUAGAAAAAAAAAUUCCAUUUUCUUGAAAAGCCACUGUACAAAAAUCCACGAGAACUCUGCCAGUGGAAGUGAGCACGCACAAACACUAAACAGGCAAACAGUGUGUGUAAAAAUGGGAAAAUGUCUUCUUUCAUCUGCAGUUUCUUCUUUGAGAUUUUGUCAGUUACCCAGAAUCGUUCUUCCUUAUAAUCUGGCAUUACCUAAGUGUUGUAGCACAAGUUCACAACUUUUUCAAUAUGGGUUUUGUACAAAUUUGUCUAGUGGAGCCAAAACUAGUGUUGGAAUUUGCACCAAGGCUACUUUAUCAGAGGUGGGUAACACGCAAGAUUACUCAAAGAUUGGUGCUGAUUCAACUGGAAGUAUCCCCUCUAGUGAACUAAUCAAAGUGGUUGAAGCUGCUGCCAAGACUGGUGCUCAGGUUGUAAUGGAUGCUGUGAAUAAACCUCGGAAUGUUACCUAUAAAGGGCUCACCGACCUAGUGACCGACACAGAUAAAAGUAGCGAAGUUGCUAUCCUUGAAGUUGUGAGGAAGAAUUUUCCAGAUCAUCUAAUUCUUGGGGAGGAAGGAGGAAUUAUUGGGGACUCGUCAUCUGAUUAUCUUUGGUGCAUUGAUCCUUUAGAUGGAACAACAAAUUUUGCGCAUGGCUAUCCCAGCUUUGCGGUUUCUGUGGGUGUUCUUUAUAGAGGGAAGCCAGCUGCAGCUGCUGUGGUUGAAUUUGUUGGUGGCCCUAUGUGUUGGAAUACUCGAAUAUUUUCUGCAGCUGCAGGCAAAGGAGCCUUUGCAAAUGGUGAAAAGAUUCAUGUUAGUCGAACUGACAAGGUGGAACAAUCUCUUCUAGUGACUGGGUUUGGAUAUGAGCACGAUGAUCCAUGGACAACCAACAUGGAAUUGUUCAAGGAAUUUACUGAUGUCAGCCGGGGUGUGAGAAGGCUUGGUGCUGCUGCAGUUGACAUGUGUCAUGUUGCUUUGGGGAUUGCUGAAGCAUAUUGGGAAUAUCGUCUAAAGCCAUGGGACAUGGCUGCAGGAGUUCUGAUAGUUGAAGAGGCUGGAGGGACAGUUUCGUGCAUGGAUGGAGGAAGGUUUUCAGUGUUUGAUAGAUCUGUCUUGGUAUCCAAUGGCUUGCUCCAUGCAAAGCUCCUUGAGAAAAUUGGUCCAGCAACAGAGAAUUUGAAGAGCAAAGGGAUUGAUUUCUCAGUGUGGUUCAAGCCAGAAAAUUACCAUACAGAAGUUUGAUAUGUCUCUGCAUUUGUUCUUUAGAUGUCCUGCUUGAAAGAUUCUUCUACAAUCAGAUUUUGAUUAGAAUCAGAUGCUUGUCCUGAUGCUGAAAGAAGAAAUCUUAGCAUACGGCAAGCUGCUGCUGCUGAGGAAUAUGUUCGUUAUGUCCAGAUCAGUCCUUAUCAAAUGUAUAUUCUUCAUUUCCUAUUCAUAUUUCCAGGUCCUCAUCUUACAGAUUUCCUUGAGAUAAUAGCACCCAAACUAAUGCAUUUUUUUAAUUUCUAAGUUAAAUAUUAUUCCAGACUUUCUGUCAGGAACAUAUAAUUAUGUGCUCAUCGCACAAAUUAUAUUUGGACAAUUCAAAAGAACUAUUUUUUUAAGCA